AUGAUCAAGUUCAAAUGUGAAUUAACAGAAAUGUAAUUUUUACAUUCCAUAUAUUAGAUCUAAUGGGAAUUUAAAGAAAAUCAAAUUAUUUUUUUCGGAUUAAACUACAUUCUAUUAAAGAUAUAUAUAUUCAGUUAUUCAAUAGUUUUGAAUCUUCACUGAAGUAAAUAAAUUAGGUAUUUUUAGGCAUAUUUUAUAAAUGCCAGAAGGAAAGAUAUAUUAAUUAUGAUGUGGAUAGAUAUGUUAUAGUUUUUUUAAAGUAUAAAUUUUAAAAUUGACUUGUCAAAUUUGAUAUAAAUUCAUAGAAUGUAUGGUAAAUCUCAUUCAAUGAAUUAAAAUUAAUGUGUAUAUUAAUAAUAAAAAAUGGAUCGUUUAAUCAUCUUUUUGGCUAUUCUUUUGAUGGUAGGAAACAACUAUGCUUUUGAUAUUCCUCAAGCUCUUGAGGUUCCAAUAGAAGAAGAGUUUCAAUUAACAUAAACCUAAUUCAAUUUGCUUUACAGUGUGUUUGCAAUCCCGAAUAUAGGUUUGAGUAUUGGAGGAGGUAUAAUGAUAGAUAAUAUGGGUGGACGUUGGGGUGUAAGAACAUAUUAUAUUACUUAGGUGUUUACAUUUAGUCUAAUGUUAGGCCUUUCAUAAUUAUUUAUAUUUUUUGGAGGAUGCUAUCAUAAUUAUUGUAUGAUGCUUUGUGGUAGAGCUAUAUUUGGUAUUGCAAGUGAUAUUUUACAUAUUGCUGUGUUUAAAAUGGUAGCUUAACGAAUGCCAAAAGAUAUGGGUACAGCAAUGGGAUUAAUACUUACAGUACCAGAAUUAGCAGCUGCUCUUAAUUCGUUUUUAUCACCUUAUUUAUAUGAAAAAACAAAUUCAUUAAAAAUACCUUUGUUAUUUGGAUUAUUCCUAUGUUUUUUAGUAUAAUUUAAAAUAAUUUGAAUAGUCCUUUCUAUCAGGGUUAAUAAUGAUUUAUGUAGAUAUGAAAUAUGAGAAAAUAGAGAGUGUGAAAUAAACAGAAUAAGUUUCAGUAUUUAAUUGUAAUCAUAGUAUUUUAUAAUUUAGUUAAACUUACCAAAUCCUUUGUAAUAAUGAGCAUAAUAACAACAUUAAUGUUAGCAUCAUAUGUUCCAUUUCUUGAUAAUGCUAAUAAAUUUUAUCAUGAACGUUUUGGAUUUAGUAUAAUGGAUGCUGGUCAAAUAGUUACAGUCGGUUAUGUUGUGGCAGGUAGAGUAUAAUAAUAAUAUGAUAUUUCUAGCAUUAACAUCUCCUAUAGUAGGUAGAAUUUCAGAUAAGUUUACAUAAUAUAGACCUUUAUUUAUUGUAGUAUCAACAAUAAUGUUUUUUAUAUCCCAUUUACAAUUUUAUUACAUGCCAUUAACUACUUCUCCUAAUUAUUAUUCAGUUUUUGCGUAAAAUAUUAAUAAAAUUUUAGUUUGAUUACAUUAGGAUUAUCAUAUUCAUGUUUCUCAAGUGUUUUAAUGCCUGCUUUAUAAACUACAGUUCCUGAAGAUAUGUUAGGUAAUUUAUGAAUAUGAUUGAAAAUAGCAACUGCAUUGGGUUUAUUGGGGAUAAUAGAGAAUUUUUGUAUGGCUGUAGUUCCAAUGAUUUCUGGUUUUGUAUAUGCUAUUGGUGGUGGUAUUGAUCCAAUGAAAAAUGUGGAUAUAAUUUAUUUAUUCUUGGCAGGUAUUGGAGUUGUACUUUCAAUACAUUUAUUAAUGGAAAAUAUUCUUUAACCAACCAAGGCACAUGUGAAAUUGCCUAAUGCUCUAGAUAUUUGA